AUGCCCCUUUGCCUUUGCACCCCUCCUCUCUAUAAAAUCCCCCCUGCACCCUCUCUUUUAUCAAGCAUCGAUUGUCUCCGACAACCUCUGCCUUUUCCAAAUUUUCAUUAUUCACCUACAUACCUAACUUACCCCCAACGGAAAUAAUGGCUCCGAGAAACGGAUCAGAUAUCGUUUACCAGGACUCGGACUCGAAGGAGAUCCGGUUCAGGGGCGUGAGAAAGCGGCCAUGGGGACGGUACGCCGCCGAGAUCCGUGACCCGGGCAAGAAGACCCGCGUCUGGCUUGGCACCUUCGACACCGCCGAGGAGGCUGCGCGUGCCUAUGACGCCGCCGCCCGCGAGUUUAGGGGCGUCAAGGCCAAGACCAACUUUCCCAACACCUGCUCCGACCUCACAUCACUUAACAACAAUUCCACCACCCGCAGCCCCAGCCAGAGCAGCACUGUCGACUCCUCUUCCACGCCGCCCCCGCCACUCGAUCUCACUCUGGGAGGCUCUGCUCAGUACCCGGUCGGCCCUACGGUCGCGUUUCCCGUGGUCACAGCUGUGCGCCCGAUCUACUUUUUCAACGCGUUCGCGAAUAUGAGCGGGAACCACCGCGAUUUGUGCAGGUUCGAUCGAGCGGAGACGGAUUUCCUCCAAACCGUUGGCAGUGGGGCCCACAGCGACUCCGAUUCAUCAUCCGUCGUCGAUUUCCACCAGCCUUCAACCCAAAGGCUGCUAGACCUUGACCUCAAUCUCCCUCCACCGGAGGUUGCCUGAUUUCUUAAAAUUCUACCUGAUCGCAGGCGAAGAUCCGAGUUUUCCGGACGUUAGAGUCAGUAUCCGAGUUUAUUUCUCAGUUUCUUACCUUUGUAUUGGGUUCAGAUCGAGAUAGAAGUGGAUCUCGUAAGUUUGGAGAAAGCUAGCUGACUUGUUUAAUUCACCGAUGAUGACUGCCCCGUCUUUGUACAUGGAUAACCAAGCUCUCUCUUAUUUUUGCAACUGAGAUAUCUAUCUAGGCUUCUCACUGUUGUUCAGCCAUUAUUGCUAGUACGUAUUGUAUGUUGCAACCUUUGAAAAGAAAGUUAAAA